AACACACUUUCGCUAUUUCUUCUCACCGGUUGUCGAUGUAGAGAGAGCAGAGGAAGAAGCAGUGAAAUCAGAAUACACAGCAUCAAUGGCGUCGACGGAUUUCUUCGAAUAUUUCGAUCCCCGAUUGAUCGAAUCACUGGAGAACUGCUUCGGAUACGCCUACAAAGCCUAUCCCGUUCUCGAAGACGAGAACGGUCUCAUCCGCUCCGACAUCCAGCCGGAAGACGAUCAGCCGCCGUCGCCGGUCACGCCACUACCUCCGACGCCUCCUUCCGCUUCCUCGGUUUCGUUGAUCGUCGUCUUCGACGUGCUCAAUUUAGUACCGGCGCCGCUGGAUCACUGUCUCGUCAACCGCCGCACCUGGUUCUCGCGCCUGCCUCUCGAGAAAAUCCUUCCCGCCAGAUCGCCGUCGGGGGAACCGGACGACGAAAAUCAGAAGCCACCGCGUACGCGUCAAUCGUCCACUCAAUUGGAGCGCGCGACGGAGUUCGUGAAUCGGCUGGUGGAGGAAUCGAGGCUCGAAUUGCCGAAGGACAUCGUGGAAGGGAUCGCUCGAGUGAUUGUGGAGAGCGUGCCUAGGGAUUCGCGCUUCAUCUUCCGGCCGGAGCUGCCGGUGGCGGUGAACGUCGUGAUUUCGUCUCCGCAUCCGGUUCUCCCCUGCGGCGAGCGCGAUUCGAGUUCGUCGCCGCCGGUCGAUGUGAAAUUCGAGGCGGACGUCGAGGCGCUGUCGUCGAGCGGGCUCCGAGUCCCUGCUUCGGAGUCCGCAAUCGAGAGUUUGGAGACGGUGGCGGCGGCGGAGGCGGGGGAAUUUCGAUCGGAGGAGCGCGGAUGCGCGAUUUGCUUGCAGGACCUGGCCGGAUCGUCCGGGGCGGUGAAACGGCUGCCGUGUUGCCACGUGUUCCAUCACGAUUGUCUCGUGAAGUGGCUGCGUUUCCACCACACAUGUCCCCUGUGCCGCUCGGCUUUGCCCAUGGAUUUGGAAUUCGCACGAAGAGAACUGCUGCGGAGGAUUUGUUGAUGGUCAUUACUCCAUUACUGGCAGACUCUUUAGACCUCACUGCUCUCCUUCAUCAGUGUGUCCUGUCUGUGAAUCGUUACGGGAAGGUCUUACGAGGCAGCAAUUCGUGGCUGCCCUCGACAUGCUCUAACGCCAUGUUGGUCCUCGAUCAAUGGUCCACUUGCCUUCAGCAUUCAGCUCAUCUUAAUAUGUCCCUUGAGCUCACGGAUACCCACCUUCAACCUGCUCCGCCGCAAGGCAAUCUCGCUCCUGAGAUUCACUGUGAUGGAUCGUUCUUUAACUGAUUCUCAGGAGACGACAUUUGGCAUUGUCGUUAUUAAUAGCCAUGGACAAGUGACAGAUGGGAAAGCUGGGAAAUUUGUUGUGCAACUCCAUUGGAAGCAGAAGCUAAAGCUAUAUGCUGGAAGGGCUCACGACUGCAAAUGUCCUUAGUUCUUCUUGUCUGAUCAGAACAGACAGCUUGACGACGCGUACAGAAGCUCUCGUUACUCGUCUGAAAAUGUCACUGGAGAAUUUCUGCAUUGUUUUGGUGAUUCUCUUCUUUGGACAACCCUCUCCCUGUCUUCCAGUCAGCUCAGGAUCAUCUGCACUACUCAUUCAUUCACAGAGUUUAACUUUCUCUCCCAUUCCCCUUUCUCUCUUGUUGUUGAUGUCAUAUUUAUGUGAACCUGGUGUUCCAAAUUUUCUAUAAAGUUGUGAUUCUAAUUGCUAUGUGCUUGUGUUUGUUUCAUUAUAGAUAAUCAUGACAUAUUUUACUUGUAGUUGAGGUCAGUUAAAUUAUGAAUUAACUAUUGAAAUUGAGGUUAAGUAAAAAAGUGUUGUAAAAUUGUUAUGAUCUCUUCAAAUGCUGACGCCUGCCUGGUGCCAUCUUGAACUUUGAUUAAUAUAUUUUUACUACCAUAUAUAUAUAGAUAGUCAUUGUACAU